GGCGCUUUCUCGUGCCAGGCCUGCGGGCGCUCCCUGCAGGAGAGGCAGGACGCUUUCCAGGCCUAUGUGGAGAGCCGGGAGCCCGAGCUGCGCUACCGGCCCCAGGAGGAGGAGGCGCUGCUGAGAGAGAUCAACCGGCUCCAGGGAGCCACCACCUUCAACCUGGCCCCGGCUUUCCUCCUGGGCCUGUGCCUGGAACACUCCACGCGCGUGCUGGAGCCCAGCCACCUCCCCCGGCUGGUGACCAGGAUGGCCCAGCUAGUCAAGGAGGCUGUCUGGGAGAAGAUCAAGGAGGUCGCCUGGGGGUGGGAGUUCCCCAUGGCACACCCCCAGGACAAGGGCCAGGUGGGGGCGCUCAGCAUAGAAGAGGUGGCAGCUGACUUGCGCCCUCUGAUGCUCUGGAUGGCCAACGCCAUGGAGCUGCUCAACUUGGUCCAGAAGAAAGUGCUGGACAUGGAGAAAGAACUCGACCUGGAGGGAAGUUCCCAUGAUGCUUUGCUGUCCAGCGACCUGGAAACCUGCGAUGAGGCCAUGGUGGUGCUGGAUGAGGUCAUCAUGUCGACGUUCCAGCAGUCGGUGUAUUACCUGACCAAGACGCUGUACUCUGCCCUGCCAGCCCUGCUGGACAGUAACCCCUUCACUGCCACAGCGGACCUGUCUCACGCCCAGGAGCUGAGCAGCAUGCCCGAGGGCAUCCGUGGCACCCUGGCCAUCUACCAGGCCACACUGGAGUUGACCCGGGAGUGUGAGCUACACCCCGAUCUGGUAUCCCAGACGUUUGGCUACCUCUUUUUCUUCUCCAACGCCUCCCUCUUCAACACGCUCAUGGAGAGAGGUGCGUGGCUGGGGACCAGGAUGCCUGGGUUCUCUCCAUGGCUCUGGGAGGGGCCUGGGGACUAGUGGUUAGAGCAGGGA